UGCAUUAUUCUGCCUAGGCCAACGUAGGAUUUCAACAAUAAAUAAAUAUAUGAAAAAUAAUGGUGGCAGGCCUAGAAAGUCUGGGCCUACAUCGUCGACAGCGGCUAGGCUUCUAACGUCGCAUACUACUAGUACUACUACUACUACUAGGCCUAGCCCUAGCUUGACAGUCACAGAGUGUAUUAGACAAAAUCAACAUCAACGAGAGGAACUCGCAGCAGCAUAUCAAGUGUUACAACAUUUCGGUCUUUCAGAAGGAAUUCAUAACCAUCUAUCAACCCGAGCACCGGCACGAAAUGGGACUGGAGAAGUGAUGCUUGUUUUUCCGUUUGGUUUACAUUGGAGUGAAGUCACAGCUAGCAGCUUAGUUGGUGUGGAUCUUGAAGACGAUAGCAUUGUUGAAGGGUCUGGCCAACCAGAGGCU